GGAGGGAGACCUGACUACCUACCAGGUCCGCGGGAGCGCAGGGGUGUUUAUAUAUAUAUAUUCAUCUCGUACCCGAGCGGGUGGCGUAUAAAGGACGGCCCAUCCGUCUGACGUCGAUUUCUGGAUUGCUCGACGACGCUCGAGCAGGGCAAUUAGUUAAACUGAGAAGAACCGUCUCCUCCCCCCCACAUACUCCCUCUCUCUAUUCUCCCGCUCGCAUCCCACGCCCCCGGAACGCGCAUAUCCCCUCGGACGGGAUCGAUCGCUGACCGCUGGGAUUCAUACCGACAUACAACGGUGGUUGAGACCGUCUCGGAGGCACGAAUACGCGCUCGACGUCUCGGAGUGUGCGCAGCCCGGACGAGUCCACAUAGACUAAGACAGAUCUGGCGGACAAGAUGAAGUACAUCCCGAACCUCGCGCUUCUGGCGCUCUUGCUCUCCCCCGUCCACAACCCCGCGGCCGCCGCCCCGACCCCGGCGGAGGCGGAGGCGGCAGCGCCGGCGGCGUGGCGGCUCGACUGCGGCACGCCCGGGACGACGGCGCUGUGCUCGGCGACGAACAGCGGCGCGCACUGCGACCCGGUGUCGGGGGAGCUGACCAUCAUCCUGGCGGGCACGUGCUCGGCGUGCCGGUGCGUGAGCGUGGGCGAGUGCGCGAGGGCGUGCGGGAUGGGCGGGGAGUGAAGGCGAGGGAGAGGGUCGCGAGGGAUGGGCAGAAGAGGAAGGGGAAGAGGAAAAGGAAAAUGAAUAAAGAAAUAAAAAACCGGAUGGGGCGGGAUGCACUGUUGUUUUGCUGUUGUUCUGGUUACUGGCGGUAUUCUCGAACAUAGAGUAGGUAGGGAUAGGUAAGGAACAAUACUUGACGUGUAUAUGUAACGACUGAAGGAAUGCAUAGAUCGGGGACUUGCUGUUCGCUUACAUGCGUUGGGCACGUCAAGACACUUAAAUACUACUACCACAGUGCCGCUCGCUUUACGGGACAUGGCUGCGAUAUACCUAUGCCUACUGCGCUCGUUCGUUCAACGCCAUCUCGCCCCCUUGGACGUCUCGAUACCGACGGCCUGUCCUCUG